CGUGCCGCCCCGUUUCCGGUGUCAUGGCGGCCGGAGCGCGGCGGCGGCAGGGGCUGGGGCCGGUGCCGGAGCAGCGGCGCGGCGGCGGCGGGACGGCGAUGUGAGGCGGCACGGCGCCAUGUCGGGCUGCGCGUGGGGAGCGGCGCCGCCGCUGCUGGAGGCGCUGGGCCGGCUGUGGGAGGUGCAGGCGCCGCUGGGCAGCGGCUCCUCGGCCUCGGUGUACCGGGUGCGCUGCUGCGGGGACCCCCGGGCCCCCCCCGGCGCCGUCAAGGAGUUCGUGCCGCCCCCGGGGCAGCGGCCCGGGCCCGCUCGCCGCCCCGGCGCCCGCCCGCCCGCCGCCGACUGCGCCGAGUACGGGUUCCGCAAGGAGCGCGCCGCGCUCGAGCAGCUCCGCGGGCACCGCAACAUCGUGACGCUCUAUGGCGUGUUCACCAACCACUACUCUGCCAAUGGGCCGUCUCGCUGUCUGCUGCUGGAGCUGCUGGACAUCAGCGUGUCCGAGCUGCUGCUGCACUCCAGCAACCAGGGCUGCUCCAUGUGGAUGAUCCAGCACUGUGCCCGAGAUGUCCUGGAAGCCCUGGCUUUCCUGCACCACAAAGGCUAUGUGCACGCAGACCUCAAGCCACGCAACAUCCUGUGGAGCGCAGAGGAGGAGUGCUUUAAGCUCAUUGACUUUGGACUUAGCUUCAAAGAAGGGAAUCAGGAUGUGAAAUAUAUUCAAACAGACGGGUAUCGGGCUCCAGAGGCAGAACUGCAGAACUGCCUGGCGCAGGCAGGGCUCCAGAGCGAGACGGAGUGCACCUCUGCUGUGGAUCUGUGGAGUCUGGGAAUCGUUUUACUGGAAAUGUUCUCAGGAAUGAAACUGAAACAUACAGUCCAAUCUCAGGAAUGGAAGACAAACAGUUCUGCCAUCAUUGAUCGCAUCUUUGCCAGUGAGGGGGUGGUUAAUUCAGCCAUUCCAGCUUAUCACCUCAGAGACCUUAUCAAAAGCAUGCUUCAUUGUGACCAAGGAAAACGAGCCUCUGCUGAGAAGGCUUUAUGCAGCCCAUUCUUCAGCAUUCCCUUUGCUCCCCAUAUUGAAGACUUGGUGAUGCUCCCCACACCUGUGCUGAGGCUGCUAAAUGUUCUAAGUGAUGCUUCUCUGCAGUGUGAAGAAGAAUAUGAAGAUAUCCUGGAAGACAUAAAGGAGGAGUGUCAGAAAUACGGACCAGUGGUUUCCUUGCUUAUUCCAAAGGAGAAUCCUGGUAAAGGCCAAGUCUUUGUUGAAUAUGCAAAUGCUGGUGAUUCCAAAGCUGCCCAAAAAAUGCUGACUGGAAAGAUUUUUGAUGGCAAGUUUGUUGUGGCUACGUUUUACCCACUGAGUGCCUAUAAGAGAGGAUAUCUGUACCAAAACUUGCUGUAGGCAGUAGCAACAAUCAGGAGAGUUGUCUUGCUCCUCUUUCUCACGUGUUUUACGACUGAAUGUGCAAAAGAGCUUCCUAGCCCUGCUUCCAAGUCAUCUGUGAAGGAGAGGUGCAAAGGACUUGAAUGGGCUUUGGAACUUUACUGCUGCUUUGUGAUGUGCUGAGGAGGCCGGGAGGCUUUCAGCGCUGUGUGUGUGCUGUGCUUGCUCAUUUACAGGGGGUGUGGCUCUGCCCGAGGGCAUCUGGGGGGCAGGAGUGGGGACAGGGGGAGCCCCGGAGGCCGAGCAGAUCCUGGCAAGGGCUUCUCAGUGAUUUGAAGCGAGACCAGAGUCUUAGCCUUAGUGCUGGGCUUGGCUCCGCGGAGAGGAUUUCUUUGUUAAGCUUUCCUGUAACCAAAUCCUCCUCUCCAGUGUUGGAGGAGGAGGAAGGCUUGCCUGCUUUUUGUUGAUACCUGUUAUAAAUAGAGAAGCAGAAACACCAUCCUCUCUAAACCAGGAGGACUUUUGAGUCUUCUCCUCGCAUAGAGCAGAGGAAGGCAAUGAAAUUGGAUCUGCUGAGCCUGUGGGGUUACCCUGUCCUCGUGACCUGAGCAGAGCCACGCAGCUGAUGCUGGGCUGGGCAGUGACAUGUGGAUGAUGCUGCCUGUGGGGAGCUGAGCUUGCUUGUAUGCCUGGGGUGGGCUGGGACUGGUGGUGGAGACGUGGUCAAAGCAGUGCCAGCCUCAGUUCCAACACAACCUGUAAGCACUUUGUAGCCUGAGUAGAUGUGAAAACCCCGCCGCGUGGAUUCAUCUUUCUAGCACGUAGCCUGUGCUGGCCCUGAUGCUCCCUAGCUCUGAUGCCAAAUGAUCUGUGAUGUGUAAGCGUCUUUCGGUGAUAUUUUUGGAAAGGAGUGCUGCAACACACAGUAUUCUUUGUGUCACAGCAGGACUCCUGCCUUGGGAGUCUUAUAAGAACAAAUAUUUGUCUGCUGUAGGUCCCACGCUUGGCUUUUCUGUGUUGUGCGUUUUGGUUUUGCAUUAACCCAGUAAGACUUGUAGAUUAGAAGCACUGACACUUUUGGUCCUUCAAAGGUUACAAAAAGGGCUUGAGGCAAUCUGAGAUCCUGUAGGGAAAGGGCUUAAUCAGUCAUCAGGCUGGACUGGCCAGGAGAAGGGCUUUCACAGUGUCAGGGACAACAGCCACAUGCCUUUGGGGAAGAUACUGUGGUGAGCAGCAUCACUUCCCCCAGAGCACGCUCUGCUCCUGUGGCUUCAGUCAGCUGCUGCCAAGGGGCAGGCAGAGGCUCUUUGCCAGGGAUUUCCAAACCCAUGCACCCGGCAGAGCCUCUCCCUCCAGGGUGGGCACUCUGCUCCUGAUGGGCACAGUGUGAAACAGCCCUGUUUAGAGAGUCACCAGUGUGACUGGCUUGUGGUCUUGGCCCAGUUUUAGUGAGGAGGAAAGCCUUCCUGAAUUCUUUUCUCCAGAUGAAAUACUUGCGGACAGCUGCCAGAACCAUCCCUGACCUUCCCUGGAAUACCUGAAUUACCUUGCAGUUUACUGUUUGCAUCUUGCUGAUGCUGGACUUGAUGGAAUCCUGCACUUAAAAAGUUCCUCUUGAUUUUUUGCCCUGUGUGUGGUGUGUCAGGAGAUCCAAUGUCUGUAGCAUUUCAUGAGUCUGAGUUGCUCUCUGUGCUGGUGUAUAGUGCUUUCUACUGUGGCCCUUACCAAACUCCCUCAGAAAGGACCAAUCUCUGAAUUCUUCUGUUGCCUUUGAGAUGGUGGGCUUGCCAGGGAAAAGAAAAAAAUAAAAUUCCACAAUGAGUUUUAAGGUGUGAUUUGCUGAUGAGAUUUUUCUGGGAAUGAUGCUGCUUUGGUGUACAUAGCUGUUCAGCAGCCUUUGCAUAGGUGGGGUGUGUGACUCGUUGCUUUUAAUUUAACUGUCCUGUGAGUGAAGCACCUUUUAGUGUCUGGGAGGAAUUGAAUGGUAACUGGGUGAGGGUUUCUCCUGUGUGGAGAGCCGUGUUUAAAGUAUGGUUGGGUCUUGGCUGACUUUCUCAGCUCUGCAUUACUGCUGUCCCUGGGGGUUGAGCCAGGGAUCGGAGCGCUUUGGUGCAGACAUGCACGUGUUGAAUGCUGCCAUGUCAGCAGCACUGAGCUGGCAGGAGCAGCCCAAAGCUCCUGCUCUGCUGAGUGCCAGCCCAGGUGGGGCCACAGGGAGCUCCCCUGGGUGCAGGGUGUGAUGUCUGUCACUUUCAGCAACACUGGGACAGGGAGAUGCUGGGAUGCAGGUGUGGAACUUAAAUGUCUUCAAAGUUCUCACGUGCAUUUGUCUAGGACUGUGAGCUGCUCUGUCAUCUUUCAAGCAUGACUUUCAGUCAGAAUUCUUUCAUCUAAAGAUAGAGCCGUGCCAGGAUUGAUCUUCGGAAAGGAGCUACAGCCUGUUCCUGCAGCAUGGCAGCUCUUCCCACCAGAGUUUGGCUGGGGUUUUGUUCAGCUUCUUUAACAGAGGCUAAAUAAAUCCUCAUGAUGCAAACUCCUGCUACUAGACAUUUUUCUCCAGAUGUUCAUUGACCAGGCUUGAGCACUGAGCUGGGUAAAAAACCCCAAAGCUGCUUUUCUUUAUAUUCCUCCUGGCGAGAGCUGAAGAUGUUGAUCUCUGUCCUGUCACUGGAUCCACCCUUCUGCAGGCUGUGGGCUGCAGGGAGGUUUAGAAGCAUUGUAUUGUUACUUCUCACACUCUGCCUUCAAAGACUUAUUCUAUCAAGAUGAAGCUCACUUUGGUGUCUCAGUGACCUGUUGGUGUCUUGGCAUAAGUUUUAGCCCUGCUAAAACCUUUGAGUUCCUUAACUCUAGAUUGUGUCUGCAGUAUGCAUGGUGAUUCGGUCCAAGGCGCCUGUUGUGUGUCUGGGAUGGGCCUGGCUUUCCUCAUCUCCAGAUUCCUGCUUGCUUGAGGUGCACAAGUGUUGAGGCUUUCCGCUCACAUGCUCGCUGGGUUUCCUGGUCUGUGCUGCUCCCCGCAGUAACCCUCAGUGUAGCACCGACCUACAUAGUCCUACCCGAGUUGUAGGGUAACUGCUGUUUAAAUCACUGGCCAAAGCACAGGUCAGCUCCAGUCUUAGCUCUAUUCCUAAUUUUGUUCUCACUGGUCUUCAGCCUCGUAACAAACAUAGCCUGAGCCCCGUGCUGUAGCCAGGUUCUCUCCAGAGGGUUCAGUACAGGUGCUGCUGCUGUGCCGGAUCCUGUAACCACGUGCCUCCCUUCGGGUUCGAUGUCAGUCGUGGUAUCGCGUCACGCACCAUUGCUGAGCAGUGUGCUUGGUACAGGUGAUUAAUAAACGAUGCUUCAGUACGAGGUGGUUGUCCAGCGUGCCCUUCUUGUGGGACACUGAAAUGUCGUGUAGCUGAGCAAGUUCUCUGUCACCGAGCACCAGGGCCUCAGUCUGGGGGACAGGACUGGGACCCGGCCAUGGCAGUGUUGGAGUUUGUCCUGGGAGACCAUGGCUGUCAGAACUUCCAGUUCCAGUGAGGGGUGGUCGUAGCUUGGAGGCGGGGAACCGUGGGACGGAGGGGGCUGUUAACAUUAUUAUUAGGCUUUAACGAAGUAAGUUCAUCGAAGGAGGGGAAUUUCACCACAGCUAUUGGCUCAGCAGCAGGACAUCUUCCCCUUUCUCCUGUGGCUGGAAGGGAAUAUGCAAAGUAUCACCUGCAAAGUACCAUCGAGUUCCCCCUCCCUGCAAGGGUUUCCACGGAGCCUGGACGUGCUGUCUCCACUCUGCUUCCUCCAUGCUCCUUAGCAUGUGUCUGUAUGGGCAAUCACCUCGGAAUACGUUUCAAUUCAUGCCAACUGCAUUCCAUCCAGUAAUUGUGCUUUACCCUGUAAAGCAGUAACUGUGAUUUCCUGUAAUUUCCAUACUCCUGUUAUAACUCCUGUUAAGACACUAAUAAAAAUCUUCACAUUC